AUGAAAAUAACAUAUUGUACAGAUGUCGACCGGUCAGUUGUAUUAAGCAAUUUUGAUAAAAGAGGCUGGGUACACGUUGACCCCGAAGAUGAUUGGAAUUUGUACUGGGCUAGUAUACAAACAUGCCGUAGUCUAUUUAGUAUUGAUAAUGGCUAUAGAAUGAAGGACAACCAAAUGAUCAAUCAUUUUCCUAAUCAUCAUGAGCUCAGUCGUAAAGAUAUGUUGAUUAAGAAUAUUAAACGUUAUAGACGUGAACUCGAAAAAGAGGGAAGUCCAUUAGCCAAGCGUUUGAAUGGGAAAUACUUAUAUUUAGAUUUUAUUCCAGUUACAUUUUUGCUACCCGCAGACUAUAGUUUGUUUGUAGAAGAAUACCGCAAGGUUGGCCCAAGUACAUGGAUUAUGAAACCAGUUGGAAAAUCUCAAGGAACAGGAAUAUUCCUUAUUAAUAGAUUAUCAAAAUUGAAGAAAUGGUCUAGAGAUACGAAGUAUCAAAAUUUCAAUACAUCUACCAUAAAGGAAUCAUAUGUUAUAUCUAAAUAUAUUAAUAAUCCCUUACUUAUUGGUGGUAAAAAGUUUGAUCUUCGUUUAUAUGUUUUGGUCACAUCUUUUCGUCCAUUAAAAGCAUACUUAUUUAAGUCAGGAUUUUGUCGAUUCUGUACUGCAAAAUAUAAUACAAGUGUUACUGAUAUAGACAAUUUAUUAAUCCAUUUGACUAAUGUCUCCAUACAAAAACAAGCAGAUGAAUACAACACUAUGCAUGGCGGUAAAUUAAGCGUUCAAAAUUUGAGACUAUUUUUAGAAAGCACAAGAGGAAAAACUGUAACUGAUGAAUUAUUUGACAAUAUUGUUUGGUUGAUAGUUCAUUCUUUAAAAUCAGUGAGUUAUAUAAUGACUAAUGAUAGACAUUGUUUUGAAUGUUAUGGAUAUGAUAUAAUAAUUGAUGAUAAUUUAAAACCCUGGCUAAUCGAAGUAAAUGCAUCUCCUUCACUGGCAGCUACUACUGGGAAUGACCGUAUAUUGAAAUAUCAAUUGAUAGACAAUAUGUUAAAUAUAGUCUUACCAACCAGUGGAAUUCCUGAUGUACGUUGGAAUAAAUGCCCAUCUCGAGAGGCAGUAGGAAAUUUUGAGCUAUUAAUUGAUGAAGAGUUAGCAGAAAAAGAUAAAUCCGGGCCUUCAACUAAAACUGAUAUAAAGGAUAAAUUAAAGCGAAAGACCUAG